UCUCUUCUCGUCAGUGGGGAGCCAUCAUCGGGGAAGUACACCAGCAGGGAGGGUUAAAGAUCGAAAAGAAAAGCAAAGAGGCAUCUGGCAACUCGUCAUCAUAGUUUUCCAUCACAGACGUAAUCAUUCCGGGGCUUUCUGGUCGAGGCACGUGAUUCGCUGCGGGAGCCCAAAUUUCUAGACUCGGAUGCUUAUUCUCUGCACCCCCUUUUUUAGCACGGUUCAUUCCAGUUGAUGAGAGCGGUCCUUUUAGCCGGUGAUUGCUGGUUGUGUUGCUUAUUCCAACUGGACUGUCUGUCUUCGGUGUUGGUGGAGUGCAAGUGCUUGAUCUUUCCGUGUUUCAGCUCAGGUCUGUUGUGGCACCCUCACUACCGAUCGCCACCUCGAGCUGGUGAAGAGCAUACAGCCUGUGCAUCGUCUUCGGUGUAAUCUUCUCUGUUCUGAACCGCCAUUCCAUCAGUAAAGUCUUAAGGACAGUAGUUUGCAUUGCGGAGCCUGUACUUGAGCAUUGAGCCUCUUGAUCACUUUGCAGUGGAUUCCUUCUCCUUCACCUAUGCUCCAAAUUUCAGGCUGUGUGUAGUUUCAUUUCCUCGCUUUCUAAGGUUCAGAUUCAAGAGAGCUUCCUCUGACACCUCGCGAAUUUGAUGUAGUUACAACACUUUACUCUCAGGUUCAUAACUUCUGCUUCAUUGGAGGUGUAUUGUGUAGAUUUUAGAUGAUUGUGAGUUUCAAGUGGUUCUCAUUAGUAGCGUCUCUCUGGGUAAGCUUAGGUGGUAAACCUUCAGACAAUGUGCCAGGAAGUUGUUAGUCCAUCAUCUCUCAUGUCUGGAUUUGUGAAAUUGUUCAUCUGGGAGGCACGCAACUUCUCCAUUUAACAAUUUUUACUAGACACUUCCAAACAAUGACUCUCCAAAUUUUGUCCAAGCGGUCGUGCCCUGUUGAAGUAGGUCCAUCGGCAAAGCGAUGGAAAUCUCAAUCCAGCUGGGCAAUCGAGGGCGUGGCCCCGGUUGCAGCGACCUCUGCAGCAGCAGAAGCAGCGGAAGGGUCAGCUUGUGUGAAGCAGGAAGACCCGAUAACACUGCAGGAGCCCACUUCAGUCCUGGAUUUACAAACCAGUCCGGGGCGGUCGUCCUCCUCGGGCUCUUUGUCAUCCCAUUCCAGUCUUUCCGGUGACGAAACCAGCUUCCCUUCUCUCGCUGGAACUGACAUAUGCAGCGAGGACCAAACCUCCAGUGAACUGCUCCCCGUCUCGACUGUUGAGAGCGUGCACAAUGACCAUGAUAUUGCCAGCUGGAUGGAAUGUAUGGAGGAUCCUAAUGGACCCCUGGCGCUCACAGACUUCUCCAAAUGUGAGGAGGGUGGGGAGGUUCGUCAGGCAGAGGUGAAAUUAGAUGGAGGCAUCGAGACUGGAAUUGACCAUUUUGUGAACGCAGACAUCGAUUUUGGCUUCGAGCUGAGCUUGGACGAUAACGACCAUGAGGCCUUUGCGAAUUACAUGCUCUCUGAUCCCGGGCUCUGUCUUAUGGACGAGCCGAAAUUUCUCAACUUCCCCGAAGGAUUUCAAGAUGCCCACAGGCUGCUGGAAUUAGGUGACUCCCUAUCAUCAAUGAUAGAUUCCGCCCCAGGAAUUGGAGUAGGGGAGGUUCAAUCUAGCGAUGCAUCGUCUACUCCAGGAAGCGAUGUCUCUUACGAGCCUGGGUACAGUGGAUCACAGAACUGGGAGUCCAAUCCCCUUGAGGUGCAACAGCCCCUCGACAGUGGGCUUCAACUGGUACACCUUCUGUUGGCUUGUGCUGAAGCCAUCGAAGAGUCCAAUUUCGACACUGCUCGGCCUAUGCUGAGUCGUCUGAAAGCCAUUUCGAACCCAUACGGAGACCCCAUGCAAAGAAUUUCGCUCUACUUCGCCGAUGCUUUGAGUGAUCGACUAACCAAGGAAUCAGAGACUCCAGUUUCAGCUGCUCCGAUCUCAUCGCCUGUGGAGCUGGACACUGACCUUGCCUAUCAGUCGUUCUAUGAGGUUCUCCCUUUCGCCAAAUUCACCCAUUUCACUGCUAAUCAAGCAAUAUUUGAGGCUGUUGGUUACCACAACAAGAUUCAUGUGGUGGACCUGGAUAUCCAACAAGGUUUGCAAUGGCCGUCUUUCCUCCAGACGCUGGCUCUUCGACCUGGAGGUCCGCCGAGUUUGAAGAUAACCGCCGUAGGAACGAAUGCUGCAUCGUUGCAAUUAACCAAGCGGCGGCUGUCCGAAUUUGCCCAAGCACUUGAAGUGCCCUUUGAGUUGAUUGUAUUAGUCGAAGACUUGGACAACCUUGAUAAGGAAAAGUUCCAGAUAGAGCCUGACGAAGCUCUCGCCGUCAAUUGCUCCCAAGUUCUGCAUCGUCUCUCUGGCAGUGAAGCUGUUCUUCAGAAGCUCUUGCUGCUACUACGCAGCCUUAAUCCUGAGGUGGUCACUCUUCUCGAAGUCGAAGCAAACCACAAUGGCGCCAACCUCAUAUCUAGGUUCGUGGAGGCUCUCCAUUACUACUGCGCCCUCUUCGAUGCCCUGGAAGCUUCUGUAAGCAGCGACAGCCCUGACAGGUUCCGCAUCGAAAACAUCACCUUAGCUUCAGAGAUACGGGGCAUUGUUGCUUUGGAGGGCAGCGGCCGCGGUGCCCGCCACGUCAAAUCCGAAACUUGGCAGAGUCAUUUCACGAAAUGUGGAUUCCGCAACCGGCCUUUGAGUUCAUAUGCCGUGCAACAGGCGCAACUUCUGCUCGGGUAUUUCGUCACAGGGGAAACCCCGACGUAUAAGCUUUCAGAAGAGUUCGGUGUGCUGAUCAUGGGGUGGCAAGAUACCCCCGUCAUGGCUGUCUCGUCGUGGAGUUGCUAACCCUUGUGGGCCUGGCGACUUCGAUGCGCAACGAGUUGAAUCAAUCUAGCGCGAGGAGCCGCCGAAAAUGACAGUAGAAGUAGGAUAACUCAUGUACAAAAGUGUAUCAGUAGGUGUCUCUGAGUGGGUGCCGAUGGGUCUAAUACCAACGAUUGGCCCUGUAGAUGCUUGGCCCUAUUAGCGUAGUUUAUUUGCGGAUUAGUGCCUGCUUAGAACGUUAGUAGAUUUACUGAUCUAUUGUUUGGUGUGCGCAAUGCACACUGGCAACAUUGUACAUAUGCAGCCUAACUGAACCAGAGAAUCUGGUGAAAUGGACCGCAACCCUAGCUUUCGUUCU